AAAAAAAAAAAAAACACAGAGAGAGGUAGAGAUGGAGAGCUCGAGUUCGAGCAGCGAGCUACAGAAGCUUGUAGAAGCCAUAAAAAUUUCAGAGUGCAUGUUAAACAAGGCUGUUUUGAAUGUGGCUGCAAAACAUCUUGAUUCAGAUAUUUCCGGAUGUUUAUUACAGUUUCUUUUACUUGGAACAAAGGCAAGCAUAUGGUGUGGGAAACAUCUCAAAAUGACUGCUAUGUCAACUGAGGAAUCUCCAGAAGAAGAACAUUGCAGCUUCUUUUACCAGCUGCUACUGGAUUUUUUGCGCUUCUCUGCUUCUAGCUUUUCAUCUAUGACAAGAUACUCAAUUGUGACUGAUAAGGCAUCAAUGGAGAUUGUUGAAAAAUUCAUUCUAGAACAGUUGAAUCUAACAAAAGAUGCAAUAUCUGAAAUUAAGAAUAUUGACUCAAUUGGUGCAGAGGUUUUAAAGACUGCACAAGCAGUCAUUGAUGCUGUCAUAAGACUCUGCAAGGAGUAUUCACAAGUAAUUAAUUGGGAGUUUUCUGGUGCAGAACCUGACAAUAAUGAGAAUGGUAUGGACUGUGAACAGGCAUGUAUUAAGAAUCAUUUUAUGAACAUAACAACAGUUACAGUAGAAAAGUUGUUUGAAUUGGGCAUUCUUGCUGCAAAUGAUGGUGGAAGUCUCGUAGCCAUUCUUAAUGUGUCAUGGAAAGGUUUGGUUACCUUGCUUCAGCUAGCCAAGGGCAAAUUGCCAGUAAAAGUGAAAGUAGCGGAUAUCAUUGUGACUUUAAUUUCACUCAUCAAUGGUUCUCUGAAAUGUGCAGCUGAGGCUUGGUCUUCUUCUCAAAAGGAGACUGUUUCCAUAAAUGAAGCUAGAAGGAUAUUUGUUCCAAUAAAGUUUUACCUGAUUAAUGCAGUAAAAUUAGCUUCCCUAUAUCCGUGCCAGGCAUAUCUGGUUUAUAGAGACUUAGCACUCUGUGUCUUGACGAUCUCAACCUUUAAGUUGUUAGUGAGCCAUGAAAAGCUAUUGAAAAAUGUCAGCGAAGUGAUGGCUGAACUUUUGGAAAAAACAUCCUUGGAUUUGCUUAGUUCUUUGCUAAAUUCAAAUGAUGUGAAGCAGGAAUUCAAAUAUGAACUUCUAGAUUGGUUAUUCUUUGACGACUGCAGGUCAGAUGCUGUUAAUGAAAAUCCAGUUAGUAAACGUAGCAUGACUUCAAUGGAUGAGAUCUUUUCAGUGAGUUAUGAAGCUAUGCCUAGGUCAAGAGUAUUGUUGCUUGGUCAAGUGGCACUUUUUUCCAGUUUUCUGAGAUACUCCUUUGAUUUUGAGGAAGAUGUAAAACUUAUGAUAGCUAGAAAACUUGGUUGGUUUAUGAAUUUAAUAAUUGAUGAAGACAUUUAUUCUUCCAUUCUUGUUUCGCAGAUUCCGGUAUUGUAUGUUUCAGGAAAAACUGUUGAAUUAAUUUGGGGGCCCAUGUUUUCAAUUCUUUUGCAUGCCUUAAAAACCUUCAUGAUAGUGGUAUCUUCAACUUUAGCUUGGGAGGAGUUAGGGUCUUUCCUGGUUAAGAAUUUCUUUCAUCCUCAUUUCCUUUGCUCAGAAAUCAUGAUGGAACUUUGGUGCUUUUUGGUUCGGCAUGCUGAGAUGGAGUUGGUGAAUGGCUUCAUUGUUGAGCUAUGUGCAUUAAUGAAAUUAGUAGCAUCUCCAGAAUCAGUUUUUGUUCCAGCUUCUAAUCUCAGAAAAAUGGCGAGAUCAAUCUGCAUGUUUCUCUCAUUCAGCACCACAUCAGUGGUGGAUUGUGUUUACAAUUCUGUGGUGGGCAACGAUAGAUCUCAGUUAUCAUCAAUUUUAUAUGCAGCCUUGCUUUUGGAAGGCUUUCCACUGAGCAAGCUAUCACAAAAAAUGACAAGUAUUGCUAAAGAAAAAAUCAUUUCUGAUUAUUUUGAUUUCAUUAAUAGUUUUGAUGACAAAUCAUUGACUGUCUCCUCUUCUGAAUAUGGGGCUCCAGUUUUUGCGCUAUCUGCUUCAUUGCAGUCACACCAGGUUACCAUGUCUGACAUUGACAUGAAGACCUUGAAGUUCCUAGUUGCUAUUGUUUGUGGUUAUAGGAAUUCUGUGGACAAAUUCAAGAAGGAAUUUUGUUGUAAGCUUUUGAGUCAAACAUUAGGGAUUGUCUCAAAUUUGAGUCACCUAUAUGCAGCUAAAGAAAUGGAGGAGGUCAUCUUGGAGCUUCACGAUCUGUUUGUUUCAGGGCCAGCAGCUUCAGAUACUCUGUUGCAUCAAUGCAAACCUGGAUUGGCACUUUUCUUGGCUGGACUUAGUAACAUGGGGAUGUCGGAAAGUGAUGAUUGUGCUAAAAGCUCUGCUGUGUGGGAGUUGUAUCACAUGCUUUUGAGAGAGCGACACUGGGCAUUUGUUCAUCUAAGCAUUGCAGCUUUUGGAUAUUUUGCUGCUCGUACUAAUUGCAAUCAGCUAUGGAGAUUUGUGCCCCGAGAUGCAGCCCUUUCAUACGAUCUAGUGACAGGAAAUGAGGCGAAUGAAGAAAGAUUUAUGUCUGAGUUUAAGGCUUUUCUUGAGAAAGAAAUGGCUCUUCCUGCUGUUAUAAACAGCUCCGAGCAACAGGGGCUACUUCUUGAGGAAGGCUUUGCUCUAAAAGAAAAGGUUCGGAAGGUCUCAAAUGUCAAUACAGAUGUUGCAAGAUGUGAUAUCAUGGAGAUUGAUGAUGAAAACCAAUCAAUCAAGAGAAGGAAACUUCCUGAUGGAAUUAAAAAGGGAGUGGAACUAUUGCAUGAUGGCUUGAAAAUUAUCAGUGACAGUCUUACCCAGUGGCAACCAAAUCACAUAGAGUCAGCUGAACUUCAUGACAAGUUCUUGACUCACUUUUCUAGCCUUGAAAAUGUGAUUUCAAACUUGCUUGUUCUUAGUGGCAGUGAUUAA